AUGGAUGGAAGCUGGAAUCCAUUUCAGCAGCUCUGGAUACUUGCUGUAGUCCAGCUGCUGAAGAAAAUUUUGGAUCCCUGUGAGCAGCAAGCUGUUGGGAAGGCAAAGGAAGAGGAACGCGGCCCCGCCGCCCGCCCGGCGCGGAGCGGAGCUGAGAGGAGCCGAGCCCGCUCCUUACGGCAGCGCGGCGGCACUUGUGUGACAAAUGGCUCACGGGAGCUUGAACAAAGCGAUGCUGCUCUAGAGAAGCAUCGCAGGGAACAAAGACUCCCCGGGAAACCGCUAACAAAGGGGAAGCAGAAGGAAUCGGAGAGAACCAGCCCAGCCAUUGAAUUCCGCGGCAGCAGUGAAGUGACACCUUCUGAAAAUCACCCGUACGCCUCCUUACGCCUUCCACCGAACAAAGGCAGCCCAACAGCGGCAGGGAACUACUUACCGGGGGGUUUUCUGGCCGUCCUCCCGGCGCAGCCUCCUGCCCCCGGGCUGCUGCCGCUGGCGUUGCCGAGCCAAAGGGCACAUGUAGCACAGAGCGGGCAGCACAAAGCAGCAGGGACAGCCCCGCACUGCCCCGCACGACAGCUGGCGGCUCCGCACGGCGAACGCUCCCGGAGCGGCGAGGCCGGGAUGCGGAGCCCCGCGGGAGGCUGCGGAGCUCCGUCUGCGGCGAGGCUCCCUCCCGCUACCGGCACCGCAGCGGCCCUUGCGCGGGGGAAGGGGUGGGGCGCAGGGUCCUACCUGUGCUCCCUAUCCGUGCUGCCAGAGGGAAGCGCCGGUGGCUGCUGCGGGCGCGGUGCCGCCCAGCCCGUCGGAUGCCGCCCCCGCGGCGGCCGCCCCAUGGCAGCGCGGCCGCCGCCGCUCACGGGCGCCCCGCAGCGCCGCGCCCCGGCCGCGCCCGCGUCCCUGCCCGCGUCCCUGCUCGCAUCCCUGCCCGCGUCCCUGAUCGCGCCCCGCAGCGAGCGGCGCUCGGCCCCUGCUGCUGGCAAGGAAGGGGUCAAGCCGGGUCUAUCCGCAUUCCCCGGGACCCAGCACCGUUGCUCUGCCCGAGGAGGAGAGGUCCGCAGCUCCAGAUGCACCGCGUUCUGA